GUAAAGCUCCUGUCAGGACUUUCGUUUUCAUUUCUUGACUGGAAACUGAGUUGAUGUCGGUGGACUGAAGAAACAUGGCAGGUUUAGAGGUGUUGUACACCUGUGUGGCAGGUAGCAUCAGCUGCCCGCAGGACGCCGUGGUGUGCUUCGUCCACUGGGAGAUGAUAAAGAACGGAUACAGAUGUGUCGGAGCUGGUGACGAGCCUCGCAGCAGUGAUAAGAAGUCAGAGCUCCUUCCUGCUGAGUGGAGCAGCAACAAGGAGUUGUACAGUCUACGGUACAAAGCCACCGACAACGACAACCAGAUACUGCUCAAAGCCAUCACUGUUGACUCCACCUUGAUCUUCAACCUGAUGAACUCAGGCACGCAGCAGGUGUCAGACUUGACCGUGAACAUCAGCGAUCACGUGGAUGCUGACCAGCUGCACACGUUUGACAGCGUGUUCAAGAAUGCGGACACUUUAUCAGAGAAGGUGAAGACUCAGCUGCUGCCCUCCCAGGACAGAUCAGCAGGACAGAGGAAGAGUCGGAGCGAGGAGGAGGAGGGCGAGCAGAGAAGAAGAGCAGAUGACAGCGACCCCCUCCGGAUCCCCGGCAGACAUCCUCGUCAGGGAACACGGCCGCACUGGUCCGACCCCAUGGCUCCUCCGUUUGCAGCUGGAGGAGCAGAUCUGGAUCCCUUUGGAUCUCGCAGUGGUGGGAUGAUAGUGGACCCGCUGAGGUCGGGGUAUCCUCGCUCCGGCUUUGACCCGUCUAGCGGCAUCCCAGACAUUCUGCCUCCUGGAGCUGUUCCCCCGGGAGCUCGAUUCGACCCGUUUGGACCCGUCGGACGUCACAGACCAGGGCCUGAUCCAGACCACAUGCCCCCACCCGGCUAUGAUGACAUGUUCAUGUAGAACCCAGCAGCUCUUCCUGUUUGCUACUCUCAUCCACAUACUUUCCUCUGGCUCACCUGUUUGAGGGUUUCGUCCACUUUAGUGACCUACAAGUUCUAGUUUUCCAUGUUUGGAGAAGUUUGUUUUCAGAUUUUUCAUUUUGCAUAACAUAUAUACAACUUAUGCAGAAGACCCUGUUCCUGAUGUAAAAGAAAUGUAUCAAAUAUACAUCAGUUUGAAAUAAAAGAUGUUAUUGAUGUCAUUUUGGACUACAGUGUUGAAAAAAGAGAUAGAUACUUACCAUAAGCUCAUAUUUGUCUUGAAUUUUGACAUCUAAAUAUUGGUGAGCUUCAUUGUUGUGAAGCAGUGAUGUGAUGUUUGGACGAGCUGCAGGGUGGAUCUGAGUCCACGGGUCCAUUUAACUGAAGGAUCACAGCUUCUGAAGUAGCAGUCUGUUUAGAUUCUCAUUUCAUUAAACUGCAUCUUCUAGUUAUGAUUUGUUAAUAUAAGAAAAAACUAAUCUUGUUUUGCAUUUAUCUUGGGAAUAUAUUGAAAAAGCUUGAAGUAAAGUUAUUUACAGUUGUUUUUCUUUGGUUUGUUGUUGAACCGAUUGAUCUCAUGCCAAAAUACACUAAUAAAAACCUCUGAGUUUA